AUGGCAGCCAAGAGCAACGCUACCAGGAAGGCUGUGAUUUUUGUGGUUCUUAUGAUCAUGGCUUCCACCCUAUCGUCGUCGUCUUGCUACGCUCGCACAAUUGAAGAUGGAGCGAAUCUUCCAUGCUUCCAUCAGGAAAAGUGCGAAGAUCGUUGCCAAACCGUAUGCGGCCUGAGCUUUAAGCCCUCGGCUCACGCGUAUUGCAAGAAGGAUCAGUGUUGUUGUGCCUAG